AUGGUCUUUGAACAAAAAAAACUCAAAAACUUUACCCUGAAUUUUGGACCACAACAUCCUGCGGCGCACGGCGUUCUCAGACUUGUCCUGGAAAUGAACGGUGAGGUUGUUGAACGAGCAGAUCCGCACAUUGGGUUGCUCCACCGAGGCACAGAAAAAUUAAUCGAAUACAAAAAUUAUAUUCAAGCAUUACCAUACUUUGACCGCUUAGAUUAUGUAUCUAUGAUGGCUCAAGAACACGCUUAUUCGUUAGCCGUGGAAAACCUUCUCCACUGCCCAGUGCCACUCCGUGCACAAUAUAUUCGUGUACUCUUUUCUGAAAUUACGCGUCUUUUAAAUCAUCUUUUAGCUUUAAGUUGCCAUGCCAUGGAUGUGGGCGCACUCACACCAUUUUUAUGGGCAUUCGAGGAAAGAGAAAAAUUAAUGGAAUUCUAUGAAAGAGUUUCUGGUGCACGCUUACACGCGUCGUAUAUUCGGCCAGGGGGUGUUGCGCAAGAUUUACCACAAGGUCUCUGUGACGAUAUGCAUACUUUUUGUCAAACAUUUGCUUCAAGAAUCGAUGAAAUGGAGGAAAUGCUCACACAGAAUCGAAUUUGGAAACAACGUUUAGUUGACAUUGGAACUGUGUCAGCAAAAGAUGCUAUUUCAUAUGGAUUUUCAGGAGUUAUGCUUCGAGGAUCUGGUGUUGCUUGGGAUUUAAGAAAAACACAACCAUACGAAGUUUAUGAGUCAUUAGAAUUUGAUAUUCCGGUAGGAUCUCAAGGAGAUUGUUAUGACCGUUAUUUAAUUCGUAUUGAAGAAAUGCGCCAAAGUCUCCGACUUAUUGCUCAAUGUUUAAAUAAACUCCCACAAGGGCUCGUGAAGGUUGAUGAUAAAAAAAUCUCGCCACCUUCGAGAAAACAUAUGAAGGAAUCAAUGGAAUCUUUAAUUCACCAUUUUAAACUUUUUACCGAGGGGUUUAUCGUCCCAGCUUCUGAGACAUAUGUUGGUGUGGAAGCACCAAAAGGUGAAUUUGGUGUAUAUCUUGUGAGUAAUGGGACCAACAAACCGUAUCGUUGUAAAAUUCGUGCACCUGGGUUUGUGCAUCUCCAAGCUUUAGAUUUUAUGUCGAAGCAUCAUUUACUUGCGGAUGUGGUUACAAUUAUUGGAACGCAAGAUAUUGUCUUUGGUGAGGUGGAUCGAUAG